AUGAUUAAACAACAGCAACCACAACAACUUAAGGCGCAAAACACCCAGGUCCUUCAGACCAUUACAUACGCCAUAUAUGCAUAUAAUUCAAAGACGGCAGAACAAACGCAAAGGUUGAAAUAUGGAGAUUUGGAGAUAGUAUUGAAAAAUGAAUAUUUCGAAUUCGUUUGCAAAGGUGGUGCAGUGAUAUCAAAUAUAAAAGAAAUUUUAUUUAUGAAUUCUAAAAUUAAAGGUAUAACGGAUGAUAUAACAUCAAUUCCACCAGAAGAACAGAGAUAUUACGCAUUAAAUGCAUUUCCUAAAGUUUUGAAGAUUGGAAGAUUUAAUUUAAAUGAGGAAUUCAUAGAAGGUUUCCUAAAUGACAUAAUGAAGAAGGCAGAUAAGGAAUAUGUGGAUAGUGAGUUAAAUAAGAAGGCAAAUUUGGUUUAUGUUGAUGAAAAAGAUAAUGAAAUUAAAGAAAAGGUUGAAUGGUAUCAUGAAUGGACAUUUGAGACUUUUAAAGUUAAAGCUGAUACAGAAUGGGUUUCAGGAUGUUUAGAUCUUAAAGCAGAUAAAACUUAUGUUGAUGAAAAUUAUGCAAAGAAGUCGGAAGUAAAUGAUGUGAUUACAAGCAUGAAAAAUGAAAUACUUCAAACAUUAUAUCCUGUUGGUUCUAUUUAUACGUCAAUGAACUCAACAAAUCCAGAAACAGUUUUAGGUUUUGGUAUGUGGAAGCAGAUUGUAGAGAAAUUCUUAUACUGUGCUAGAUAUUCAAAGCAAACAGGAGGUUCGAAGAAAAUUAAAGAAGCAAACCUUCCACCACACACUCAUACAGGAACUACAAACACAACAGGUAAUCAUUCACAUUCAAUAACAAAAAGAGGUUAUACAAAUCUUGCAGCAGGUUCGGAUAGACAGGGAAUGGAUAGAUAUGAUAUUUCAACUGACCCAGUAGAUUCAAGCGCAGGUAUUUUCUGUGGAACCGCAGGAAAUCAUUCACACACUUUCACAACAAAUCCAACAGGCUUGGAUAAAGAUUACAUGCCACCAUUUGUGACUGUAUUCGCAUGGUACCGCGUUCAUUGA